AUGGAUGCCGCCCUUUUUCCGUCCGCGACCUCGGCGACCAUCUUCAUUGAUGCUGAGGCAGCAGCCGUGGUGCAGCUUAACACAAUAUUUCGUCGAUGCGGACUUCACGUUUCCACGGCGUCCACUCAGCUGCACAUUACCCCUGAGACGGUGUAUGUUCUCUCGCGCGACGAUGUGGCGGUAAUCGCUCGUUUAUCCCGCGUUCUGGUGACGAAUGUGUCCGUGAGGUGUGACUUUAGCGCCCUCUGCGGCGUCCUCUGGGGCCAUGCGAAGGAGGUGGAGAAAGUGCUUGACAAACAUGCGCAGAAGCCCUUGGAUGACGAGUUUCGCCCGCAAGAGACGGCGUCGCGACAAUUAGUGCCGCAUGUAUUGCUUUUGGCACACGUGUUUCACACACUACGACACAUCGAAGAACCAUUUGCGCGCGAGGAGGUGAAGGAGGCUGUACACAUUGUGCAGAAGGAUGUGGAGAUCGUAGUGAGACUCGCGCUCAAGGUGGCGCAGGCGUUUGAUUUCGCCCUCAAGAACCUCAAACGCAGUGAUACUGCCUACCUGCGUGCUUUAGAAUUUUGUCAAGCCGCAAUUGGGGUGUUUGCUGCCGCCAUCGCCACACGGAAAACGUUGGACGUGAGCCCGCUACUCGCCCUAUUCAACUCCGACCUGGUGUGGCAUCUCAGCGGGGCCGGCGUGCUCGCAACGGAGAGUUACUGUGAGGCCGUUCGUCGACUCAUAUUCGCCGCCUUUGCGCGUCAAGACGAUUUUGUUGGCGUGGAGCAGGUGGCGGUGCAACUUUUGCUGCAUCGUUUAACCAACCGACCGCCCUUUGAUUGGGAGAGUUUCCGUCGGUUGUACAUUCUGCGUGACGCGGAGCUCCCCGCCGCGGCCGCGCUGACCCCGCAGUACGGUCUUCUACGCUACAUGAGCAUCGUACAGGCCUGCGUCGAGGCCCUGUUGCUCGCGGAUGAGCCCUGGACGAAGUCGUUGAGACGACAAACAUUUAAGACGCUGCGUCAAAUGAACAAAAAGCAGAUGUUGUCCUUCUUUCAAGUUUCUCUGCUUGCUGCGCUUGAGGGAAUGCCGGAGCUGGAUCUUUCCGAAGACGCAGAACUGCAGCGCCGGGCCGUGGUAACGCACCUCAUCGUUGAGCAUGACACCAGUAAUACCAUGCCCCCGCCAAGCUUUCUCCGCAUUCUCUUGGCACACGGCUACACCGUUCCUCACAUGGAUCACGGUGCGCUGAAGCGAACCUCCAUCUUGUCACUCCUACGAGCCAUUUCCGAGCAGCUUUUUCAGGUGCCACUUAUUCAGUCAGGGGAGGCAAACAAAUUGACGGAUCUAACAUUGAUUCCACCCGUCUUGACCCGGCCACUUUUGCAGUUGAUUCUGGACGCCGCCGCUGCCGAUGCUGAGACAGCUCGUGAAGUGGUGUCGGAGUUGCACCAGAUUACAGGAGUUGUUUACGAGGCUAACUGCUCACAAUGUGCCUCCCUCUUAUCCGCGCGGAAGAUGCCUGUGCCGCUUCGACGCAUCUCAGUUUCAACGAUGCGGUUACUCGUUAUGUUCUUUGAAUCCCAUGCGAUUCUUCAGAGUACGGAUCAUUCGAUGGCCCUGGAGUCCUUUGCGCGGGUGUAUGCGGUCUUGGCGUUCUACGGUUCUGCAACGAAGAACGCCACGGACAUGGAAAAGGAGGCGACGUUGCGAAUGAUUCUAAAGGUGGGCGUGCAGUUGCCGGCUCUCGCGCAGAUGAUGCGGGCAGAAGAGAUUAACACCUUUUUCGUUAACGUGAUCCUCCCCUGUACCUCCAUGGAGAAGUUGCAGCAGAAGAACCGUCAGCAGUACGCACUACAAGAGGCGUAUGUCCGGGCCUUUGCAUCCUCCGCAGUCGCUCUUGCAAUGGAUGAGAUGACCGUCUUGCGUCACUGGGUGGAUACCGCCCUUCGCUGCAUUAAAAAUUCACUCAGUGGGGCCCUCUCCGUUGCUGGGUUAAACUUUUUCUCCGCCGUAUUCCUUUCGCGGCGGGCCAUUGCACCGCUUUUCGUGCCAACCUACGUGGCACUGAUGGUCCCGAUUACCAACAGCAAGCGCUACAAGGAACCGCCACUGCUUCUCUUGCACCACUUUGCCAAGGGUGUGCGGGCGAUAUGCCAGGGAGUUGAAGAAUGUGAUGAACAGUUGCUGGCCGGGAUGAUGCAAAACAAAAACUCCACUCUAAGCAAAUUCCUCUCGGAACACUACGGCGAGGGCAAGAGCAGGCCAACAUUAGAUGGUGUUCGACCCCUCAGUUGCGUACUUCUCGUUGUGUCGACUCUCUUUGAAAAAGUCUGUCUUAUUCUUGGAAAUACUACGACUGCGGCCACUUCUUCCAGGCAGGAGCGAAUCGUCCGUUUCCAGGCAUAUUUCUCCGCCCUCAUUAAUUUGCUGCAGUGCCGCUCGCGCACCGUGCUUCAUCGUGUGUGCGCAUCCGUAGAGGCUGUCGUUCUGGAGCACCUGCGCGGUGUUCCGAGGGCACAGCUGCAGUGGAUGAAUUACAUCACAGCCACCGUGGACCUUAUUGAGGGAACCGGCAAGAAGGAGUUGGUGGAAUGGCUCCUUAAGUUGAAUGAAAAGGCAAGGAUUGCGAUUCCCCAUCCCCGGCUCUAG